CAUGUAAGAAUUGACAACCUUAAAAAGCCGUUAAACGGCAAUAGCAAGCUAAGGUUUCAACAUUUUUAUUUUUAUUUUUUCUUCAUAUCUAUUAUCUACCUAAUUUUUUAUUUUUUUUUAUUUUUUAACAUUUGAUAAUUUAAGAGGCCAAAAGUAUUAACAGAUUCUUCAAUGAAAGCCAGAAGAAGAAGAUAAAAGAAUUGAUUAGAUCAGGUUAGCAAAUUAGCAAAGAAUUGAAAAUCUGAUAAAUAAGAAAAUUUCUGGAAAUGACAACAGAGACCAAAUCCAAUUUAGUUAAGGUCAAGACCAGCGGUCAAGAUGGCUCUUCAAAGGGCAAGUUUGAUGCUGCUAUGAAUAGGAAGAAGACUGAAAGCUCCAGCAAACAGCCUCCUGUUGAUUCGAAGAAGAAAUCUGUGUCAACUGUCAUAACAAAAACAGAGGUAAAAUCGAAAGCAAGUUCAAGUUCUUCGAAAACCACCACAACCACAAAAACUAAAGUUAGGGAGAAGAAGGUUUAUAUUCUGCCUGGCCAGAAACAUGACCCUCCUGAAGAGAGAGAGCCGUUACGAAUAUUUUAUGAGUCUUUGUCGAAACAGAUACCAACAAGUGAAAUGGCAGAAUUUUGGAUGAUGGAACAUGGCUUGUUGUCCCCUGAAAAAGCCAGAAAAGCAUAUGAGAAGAAGCAGAGAAGGCAGAAGGAACUCCGGACUGGCACUCCAAUUAAAUCUUCAAAACCAAGCAGCAAACCUGAGAGUUCACAGAAGCGGCAGCUGGCAUCAAAGAAUGGAGAUGCAAAAGCGAAGAAAAGAAUCAACAUUGAUAUUGAUGAUGAUGACGACAACUUCAUUUUAAGUCCCAAGAGAAGGAAAGGAACUCACCAUCUAAAUUGGACCGUGCUGAGUUUAGCCAUAUCUGUGAGCCUGACCCAGAAACCCUAGCCUUCAGUGCUAGCCGUUUAAUCUGCAACUGUAAGAACACAAGUUUUAAGGUGGCUCUGGCCCAUGUAUGCAUGUAUGCAUAAAUAUCCUGGUCAUUAUUUCUCUUUGGCUCUAUCAUUGGAAGAUGAGGAGAUUGUUACAUGACAACUAUCCGACUGGACUUUCUUCUACACAUCAGAAAGGCCAGG